AUGACCCUCUUUUCUCGGACUAGCAACCCGUUUCUCCCCUCCAUUCGAGAUAAGGUUGUUCCGUUCGCUGUGGUCCAUCUUUCUCCUGCGAGGACAGGUUCGUCCACAGCGUCAACACAUUCGCUCCUUACAACUUGCCGAAAAGUGCUCGACCACACCACAUGUCCAGCAUCUCAGAGGUCUUACUUGCACUGGGGCCACUCUGCCUCUUAUUUUUUCACGGGUGACCCAUCGGCGUUUCCUGGACCCUUUUCUUUCUCGGUAGGAGGCACCAGCGUAUUAACUCGCUUUAUCCCCAGUUUACGGUCUCCACCGAGCCUUGUGCCUGAACUCGCCACAAGUCGUGCAGGGUCCCAAUGCACUCGGGUCGGACCUACCUUGGUAAAGUGCACUAACUGGAAUCCCUCCUUCACUCAUGCACUCCCUUGUCAGUUUAUUCUGCCCGGUCGACAACACCGCACGCCUCUUCGACCACCGCCAAACCAACAAGGCCACGAGUAUAAACCUCCAGAACCAGCAUCAUCAGUACCGCGAGCCUCCUCUCGUCCAUAUCAGCAAGGAGAUGGAGAGAAUAAUUCGUCUUACUCAAUCCUUCUCUUAUUGUUUUUAGCGGGUGGUUACACCUUAAAGCAAUACCUCAAGCACCGACCCACACCACCACCAGCGCCGUACAUGCAUGGGCCCCGUCCACACAGUUCACCAGCACCGAUGAUAAAUGCACAUUCUUCUUUCCUAAGGUUAGGCUCAAUCCCCGCUUCCUCAGAAUGUCUCUCUGGGGUCCGACUUACCUCCCUCAGCCUUCGAAGGGCCCUGUUAGAGAUGGAUCGUCUCCCCUUUACCACUCCCUCUCACUACCACAGGGACAGUGGCCCUUAG